AGAGGGAAGAACAGAGCUCUUCACAGCUCCAGUGCAAUUGCUUGAUUUAAUCACACAAAUUUAAAUGCUACUUGGUAUUUAUUAUACACUGUGAAUGGAAAAAAAGGAAAGAUGCUAUUCAAGCUGCCAGGGAGUCCACUUUCUCUCUUGUCAACCAGGAAGUCUGUGGAGUUUACAAAUAUCAAAAGCAGCUUGCCAGUGUUUGAUACCUUCCUGCUUCAGGUGCUUUGUUUGAGAUUUGGUAACUGCUGCAGCUUCCACUCUGCCAGACAUAUACAAAACACUUUUUGACUAGGAAACAUGUGCACAUGACACUUCAGAACAAUGUAUUCUUACCAACAUGGUACAGCUGCUGCUUUGAUUCUACAUUCUUGAAGAGCCCCUCUGAAAGGAUGGUGAUUCUGAAAAAAGAAUAGGCACCUAAUUUAUUUGUAUUCAUUCCCUAUGUGAAUCAAUUUUUCACCUGAAAACAAAGGUUGCUGAAACCUUCAGUUUCACAGGAUUAAUGUUUUUAUAGCGGUUGUAUCUCCUGUGAAGCUCAAAUAUACUGCUAAGUCAAAAUAGCUUGGGUUCAAUUGUAGGGAUAGGGUCUUAAGGCUUCAGGUUUGCAAGCAUCAUGUAAUCUGCUGUGUUCUGUACUCUACAAAAUUUUAAUACUUAAACUUCACUGCUAUCAAAAUAAAAUGUUUAGUUUGUGGCAGUGGCAAUCUGCUUGUCUUCUGAUCAAGUAGAAGACAUUCUGUGUCUUCCUAUUUUUUAGCCCUCCUAGAGACUGACAGUUUUUCCAAUAUCUCAAAAGACUCUGCAUACUACUGCAGAUAGACCAAAUCUCAAAUUUUGAAAAGCUAUCUGAACAUGAAUGCAAGAUUUACUUGCACACUGCACUUGUAAUUAACUAGUUGAUUAACCAAUGACACAGAAUUACUAUGUACUCAUCUAGGUUAAUCAAGAAACUGAGCCAAGUAACAAAAACUGUCCCGUAAGUUCAAAAGUUCCUCUCCAGUUUUUAAUACCUUUUUUCCAUAGUGUACAGAAUUCCUAACUUCAGUGGUAUGAUAAUAUGCUGAUAGAGAAAUGUGAGUUGGGAAGUUAAUUAAGACAAAAAGUUUCAAGAAACCUAUUUUGUUCUCAAGUCAAAGAGAAAGCCUUUAGUCAUCCAUAACCAAAUUUUUAAAGGUGCAUAAUUAGCUACUCAUUAAAGGGCAGUUGGACAAAUUAAUAGCUAUACUUUGUCAUAAAGGUGAACUGGAAUUAAGACUCAAAGCAGCCACACUCCUAGAGUAUCUUUAUGUAUAUUAGUGCUUGUCUGGAGAAACACAACAGUUCCCCUCUCUUCCUCAUGUUACAAGUUCAUCUUUGUUCUAGCCCAUAAUUUAUUUUUUAGUACAUAUGUGUGUAUAUGCAUAUAUGCAUAUGUGUGUAUCUUCUAAAUUACACUAUUUUCACUUGCUAUAAACCAGGCUUCAAAGUCCAGCUCUCCUUCUGUUCUCUGGGUUCAGAAAUCUCCCAGCUCUGCAAGUAAGGCUGUAAACCUGAGUUGGUGCAGCAACUCCCAUUGCUUUGGUUUCACCCGUUUUGAAAUGCGUACUGUGCCCUCCUUCUCUUGUUUGCUUCAUGUCUGUUACCCACAGCACUCUCUUCUUUCUCCUUUGUAUCCUUUUCCAGAGGACUCAGCUAAACCUGCACUGACUUCUUUCUUCCAGUUGCAUUUAUUUUUCCCUUUCCUAUCCUGUCUGCCAGAUUUUUAUUAGCUGCUGAAUAAAGUUGCACAUUGUUCAGGGCAAGGUCUCUCAUUACUUUCUGUGGGCCUUCAGUGUGUUCUGAGGUCAGAGCCUGCUAUUCUGAUCUCCUCUGGCAUGUGCAGGGCGUAAGCUGAGAAUGCGUUGUUCAAGCUUGUGGAAAUUCUGUUUCCUUUUCCAAAUUUGUGUGCUUUUGAGAGUGCCAGCAGUGUUUGUUUGCUAAGAAACACUGCCAGCUCUUUCAGCCACCCUGAUAGGGCUGGCCUGGCUCCAAGCAGCCUGCAUGAGGUCAUGAGCUCUGGAGUGACUGGAUUCAGUGUCUUACCUCUAUGGAAACAGAACGUCACAAUAGGAGAGACAACAAACAGGAGAAAGAAAACUCCAUGGCUUAAGAGACAGCAGCAGUGAUGGCUGACUCCACAGGUGAUCCAGGGACAGGCAAAGACAUGGAAGAUCUGACAGAAGGCUUGGAGCAACUCUGUGAGAGCUCUAAGGAGCGGAGUGAGGAGGUGCUGCUGCUUUCACACCUAGAACAGCAUCAUCAUCUUGUCUCUGUACUGAAGAAGAAAGUGGAUGACACUCAUGAACGCUGCAGAGACCUGGAGCAGCUCAACAUGGAGCUGGAGAGACUGAGGGCAGAGGAUGCUGUGAAAAUUAAAACCCAGGCCCAGCAUAUUCAGUAUUUGGAGGGGCGCUUCAUGGAUCUGGUCAAAAACCAUGAAAAGAUGAUCCAGUUCAAAAACGAACACAAAAAGCAGCACAUGCAGCUGUGGGAGGAGAACAAGCGCCUGCGGCAGGACAGGGAAGCGCUCUUCAGCCAGGCUGUGAGGGAGAAGGAAGCUGAAGUGCUCCGGCUGGUGGCCCAGGCAAGGAAGCUCUCACAGCAGUUAUGCUCCUUGCAGGAGAAAUAUGCUUAUGAGAGCCACAGAGCCCAGGAGCGAGAGAAGGAGCUGCUGGAGGCUCAGAGCCAGCAAGCAGAUGCCUACACCCUGGAGGUGGAUUCACUGAAGAAGCAGCUGCAACUCCUGCAGGAGAGGCACCAAGAAGCUGCUGCAAGGGCCGAGCAGGUAGAGAGUCAGCAGAGGGCUCAGGGCAGUGAGCUGCAGGCCAAGCUGGAAAAGGCACAUGAAGAGAAAGAGCAGCUACUGAGCCUGGCCACGGAGAGGAGCAAAGCUCUGCAAGAUAAGGAACGGGAGAUUCAAGAGCUGGAGGAGAAGCUAGAGACCAUGGAAGAAGCCGUGCAAAGAGCAGGAAGGUGCCUCAAGAAAGAGGCAGCAGCAGUAAACAAAGAUCUGAAGGUUCAAGAGCUCCAAGGACAGCUAGAACACAGCAAGCAGGCGUACAAUGAACUCUUGCUGCGGUUCGAUGCUUACAGAAAGCACAGUAUGGAUUUGCUGACUAAAGAGAGAGCUCUGAAUGUCAAACUCCGUCACUUUGUUGCAUAACUGCAGUUUUUGCUCUGUUCUCCUCAACGGGUGCCUCAGUGGUAACACACCCCUGAAUGUUGUUCCUGUCCAUGGGACCAUCCUCUGGUUUCUUUAUACCGUCCUCACCAGUUUAAACCCUCCUCCACUGACACUUCUGUAGCCUUUUUGUCAUUACGCUUUUAUGAAAGUCAAUCACUACUCUCGUAAAUCUCAACAUGGAUCACUGAACCAGUCAAACCUGUGACAUGAAUGAUUAGGGUGGAAUACAUACAAUAUGAAUUUGAUUUAGUGCUAACCUCUGCUGAAUCAUAGGUUUUCUUUUUUUUAUUGUUAAACCACUUUAUUUUUCAAAAUGACUAAAAGCUCAAACUCUU